CUCUAUUAAAAUUUAAAAAGCGAACAAAUUAUUGUGUUCACAGAACAUUUAAUCUUUAAAACUCAAAUGAAUAUUAGUUCAGUUUUACUGGUUACCCCACAUAUGUCUUGCAUAUAUGUAUAUCUGUGACCAUACCUAUAAUUACUAUAAUCUAUUUAAUUAAUUUGAUUGAAAUAACAUGACCACGGGAAUAACAAAGUAAUGUUAUUUAAUAUUUCACAUUUUUUGACACGUUUGGUUAAAUAAUAAUGUAGAAUUAGACACGCGAAUAAAACGUGGAAAAUAAUAAAUGCAUGAAGUGCAACAAGUUUCGUUCCAUAGCCUGACAAGCUGUACCCGCAUCAACCUGCUUUGUGAUAAAAUUGAGUGUAUCGAUUGACAAGUUCGUUUGAUAAUAUUUCAAAAUAUCAUCCCUUACUGACAAUAAUGUCCUCGGAAAUAAUUUUGGGAUUACGCUUAGACCCACAAACAUUAACUACGAUUAAGUUAAACAAUAUUAAUUUCAAGAGCAAAGUCAAAUAUCUGAAAUCUGAGAUAGCUAGAAGAGUUAACCUAACAAAAGACUUGUUUGAAUUGAUUUACUGUGGGAGUAUUCUCGAAGAUGAAGUUACGCUAGAAACAUAUGGAUUGAAAAAUGGUUCUAUGAUACAUGUGUUGAAAAAAGAAGAACCAGAAACCCCAACAAUACCUAAAUAUAUUUCAGAAGAUAACAUUUUACAACUUGCAUCUGCAUUCAAAUCAUUUAAAGAGAAUCCUGCACUUAGGAGUGCUUUACAUAGAUUAGGUAAAAGACCAGAAGUCAUAGCCAACAUUAUUUCGUCUUCUCCCGGUUUACACGAGGAUGCUGUAGCAAUUGCCAUUUUCCAAGAUCCUGACCUAAUGGCACACUUUGUAGAUGUAGAUACAGUUCGAAGAUUUGCAGAAGCACACCCAGUUUUAGUGGAAGCAGCACAAAAUAUAGCUGCAGCUGUUCACGAAGAGGCACACAACAAUGCAGCUGCUGCAUCCAACAAUUCUGGAUCCAACACACAACCUACUGCUUAUUCUUACAACAUGGAUAAUUUGAGCGACGACGAAGAAAUGGCAGGAGAUUCCUCACAGUCUUCGGACUCUACACAACCAUCAAAUCUGUCCAAUAAUCCAUCGAAUAAUAGAAGAAUAACUGCUGCACAGCUUGCAGCAGCAGUUUCUAGAGCAAGAACUAGAAGUUUCCCACUCUCCAACUCUCCUUCUUCUACUUCCGGUGAAAGUACAAAUUCUGGAGUAAUAACUACUGAAAUGUUCAGUCAGGCCAUGCAACAGGCUGCCAUAGCAACCACAGGUUUAAUCGCCGAUCCUAUAUUGCCACCGAUGUUACCACCUGUGCUGACACAGUUCACAGAUUUGCAACGACAGUUAGCUCAGAUGCACGAAAUAGGAUUGCAAGACGAUACAAUAAAUAUGCAGGCAUUGCAAUUCACACAUGGCGACGUUCUAGCUGCCAUUGAGUUAGUGUUCAAUGGUUUCAGUAAUAAUUAAAUCGAUCACACUACCAUUUUUUUAUCGUAUUAUAAAACGAUUACGAUUGUACAGUUUAAUGAUUUAUUUUUAUAAAUUAAUGUAACUCUGCUGUGGGAUGAAAAUCGUUAAGAAAUUCCCGAUUUCGGAUAUUCUUCAGUUCUAAAAACUCUGUUUAAGACUCGUUUCGUACAGUGAUCCGUGCAAGUAACUCUUUAAAUUGAAAGGUUCAUUAAAGACUGCCGAUAUACGUUUCAUAACAUUACAGAUUACUCAUGUUCCGUAAAAAUUGUUGAUGUAUAUAUCUAAAUCACGGUCAAAUAAAGGUACAACGAUUAGCAAAGAAUCUUUGUAUAUUUCUGUAAAAUGAGACGGUCGUUCGCCAAAAUUUGUAGACAAAGACGAUAGAAUAGUGUGCAUCGCAUUUUAAAAUUCCCUUUAAAAUAUAAAUGCACACGAACAUUGCGAAGUAUACUGUAAUAAGUAUAGCUUUAAUUCAACGAUAUGUAUUAUAAUAUACACACGUGUAAUGAUAAAUUGUCCAAUAUACAUGUACAAUAAUAAACUGUCCAAUAUACAUGUAUAUAAUAAUAAACUGUCCAAUAUACAUGUACGAUCAUAAAUCGUCCAAUAUACAUGUAUGAUCAUAAA